AUGCCCCUCCAUGUUUUAGUGGACAGGGACAUGCCCCUUCAUGUCCUAAUGGACAGGGACAUGUCCCUCCAUGUUUUAGUGGACAGGGACAUGCCUCUCCGUGUCCUAGUGGACAGGGUAAUGCCCCUCCGUGUUUUAGUGGACAGGGACAUGCCCCUUCAUGUCCUAGUGGACAGGGACAUGCCCCUUAAUGUCCUAGUGGUCAUGGACAUGCCCCUCCAUGUUUUAGUGGACAGGGACAUGCCCCUCCAUGUUUUAGUGGACAGGGACAUGCCUCUCUGUGUCAUAGUGGACAGGGACAUGCCCCUCCAUGUCGUAGUGGACAGGGACAUGCCUCUCAAUGUUUUAGUGGACAGGGACAUGCCCCUCCAUGUCCUAGUGGACAGGGAUAUGCCUCUCUGUGUCAUAGUGGACAGGGACAUGCCCCUCCGUGUUUUAGUGGACAAGGACAUGCCCCUCCAUGUCCUAGUGGACAGGGACAUGCCUCUCUGUGUCAAAGUGGACAGGGACAUGUCCCUCCGUGUUGCAGUGGACAGGGACAUUCCCCUCCGUGUCAAAGUGAACAGGGACAUGCCUCUCUGUGUCAUAGUGGACAGGGACAUGCCUCUCCAUGUCCUAGUAUGCCCUUUCAUGUCCUAG